CCGGAGCCGAGAGCUUAAUCACAGUCAUAGACUUGCAUAAAACUCGGUCGCUCGUCCGGCAUCGCGUGUGGAAUCUGCGCUUAGAGCCAAUUACACUUCCUCGACCACUCCACAAUUGGUGGAGAACAACGGAUCGUGCAAGAUGGAAGCGCGAUGUUGCGAUUGGCGAGAAAUCUUGGGAGGCAAAAAAAAGAAGCUUUGUCCUGCAUGGGGGAUUCUCUUUUUAUCUCUGGGGUAAUUCUGAUUUUGGGUAGGGAAAUAGGAUUCCCACAACCGUUCAUCAAUCCUACCCAAAUACUCCAAGGUAGAUCAUGGAGAAGUCCACUUUGGCUGAGGAUCCCAUCCAGCCAACGGGCUACAACGAGUAUGAUGUGCCUCCCAAGGACGAAAUCCAGCUCAAUGUGGGUGGUCGCGGAGCGACGCAGCGACGCCUGCGGAACUACCAUGUUACCAUGAUUGGUUUUUGCAGUGGAAUUGGCACCGGUUUGUUUGUGGGAACAGGCGCCGCCUAUGCCAAGGCCGGACCUGCUGGCUUGCUACUGGCAUAUAUCGUCGUGGGCCUGGUGCUAUGGUGUGUGAUGCAGAGCAUCGGCGAGCUGGCAACCCUGCUACCCACCGCCGGAUCCUUUCCUCACUGGGCCACUCGCUUCAUCGAUCCGGCGGUCGGGUUUUCACUAGCCAUCUCAUAUGGAUACUGUUAUACGAUUGCCAUUGCCUCGGAGGUCUCCGCCGCUGCUGUCAUUGUCUCCUAUUGGACCGACAUCACACCGGCUGUGGUCAUCACAGUGGGUCUAGUACUGAUCCUAGCCAGCAAUCUAAUGAGCGUGCGUUUCUAUGGCGAAACCGAAGUCUUUGGGGGUGCGGUCAAGGUCCUUUGCUUCCUCGGCUUGGUGAUUGUAUCCAUUGUUAUCACGGCUGGUGGAGCGGGCAACGAUAGCAUCGGCUUCCGUUAUUGGAAUAAUCCGGGACCGUGGACGAAUUACAACGGUAUCACCGGUCCAACGGGACAUUUCUUGGGCUUCCUCUCGUCCUUUGUGAACGCCUCAUUCAGCUUCAUUGGUGUCGAGACCGUGGUCAUCACCGCUGCCGAGUCCGUUAAUCCUCAUCACGCGAUCCCGAAGGCUGCCCGCCGUGUGACAUACCGCAUCGCCUUCUUCUAUAUCCUGGGUGCCCUUCUGAUUGGCCUUAUUGUCGAUCCGCGUAACCCAGCCCUUGUCUCGGGCUCGGAUAACGCGAACAGUUCCCCAUUCGUGAUCGCCAUCAAGGAGGCCGGCAUCAAUGCCCUGCCGUCGAUUGUCAAUGCAUGCAUUCUGGUUGCGGCCUGGUCCGCCGGUAAUUCCUACUGCUGGGUGGGAUCCCGUAUGAUCGUGGCCAUGACCACAGACCGUCAGUUACCGCAAGUCUUUGGCCGGGUCACCAAAAAAGGUGUGCCCUAUGUCGCCGUCAUUACGGCUUGGCUGUUUGGGCCAUUGGCGUACCUGAGUCUCGGCUCUGGUGGCGCGGCGCAGGCGUUUUCCUGGCUUCUGAAUCUCAGCACCGUGGCUGGUUUGAUCGCAUGGGCCACACUCUCCUUGUGCUAUAUUCGCUUCCACGCGGCGAUGAAAAAGCAGGGUGUCUCUCGUGAUACGCUCCCGUGGAAGUCGCCGCUGCAACCCUAUGCUGCCUGGGUAGGAUUCAUUGGUUCGACCAUCAUCGUUCUAGUCGCUGGAUUCCCCGUCUUCUUGAAGGGUAACUGGUCUUCCUCGGACUUUGUGGCGUCAUACAUCGGCAUUCCUAUCUUCAUUGUACCUAUCAUCGGAUGGAAGAUCCUCAAACGUACUAAGUUUGUCCGAGCUGCUGAGAUCGAUUUGUGGUCGGGCCGUCUACAAGAAGGGGAGAUCCUGGUGGAAAGGCGGCCUCCCCAGAAUCUUUGGGACCGCUUUGUGGACUGGCUUGUUUGAUUUUAUUCAAUCUAUAUAAAGAUAGAUCUACGUCGCGAGCGACGCUGUUGGUUCAACACCGCCACCGUACGCGAGUGAUUACCUGACUGUCGAGUGCCCUGGAAGGUUCUCGGUACUUAU